AGGUAUCUCUCCGCUAACACUUAACAUUUACGCAUUCUUUUUCUCUUCCACCUUUUCCUUUUCUGUUUUUUUUCUCUCUUUCACAAGUGGACAAGGUUGUCUUAUAGCUAGACUCUGAUUGUAGGCUGUUGCAUAUUAUUGUUAAUUAUUGCCUAUUAUUAUAGAGCAGCUCGGAGCAGUCGAAAGCUGUCAAAAGACCGGUUGUAUUGUAACGAAUAUUUCAGAGGAAUUGUUGAAUAUUUGUAAAAAUGGUUGUAAGACAAUAUCAAGAUGAACUUAAAUAUUUGGAAAAAAUUAAUGAAUAUUCUUGGAGAAUCAAAAAAGGCUUUCAACCUAACAUGAAGGUUGAAGGAGUUUUUUAUGUGAACAACACAUUGGAGCGUUUGAUGUUUGAUGAGUUGCGCAAUGCGUGUCGGCCAGGUGCAAUUGGUGGUUUUCUUCCUGGAAUGAAACAGAUUGCUAACGUUGCAGCACUACCUGGUAUUGUAUGGAGAUCCGUUGGAUUACCAGAUGUACACUCUGGAUAUGGUUUUGCUAUUGGUAAUAUGGCAGCAUUUGACAUGGACGAUCCAAAAUCAAUUGUAUCACCUGGUGGUGUAGGCUUUGAUAUUAAUUGUGGUGUUCGUCUUUUACGAACAAAUUUAUACGAGAGUGAUGUUUUACCUGUAAAGGAGCAACUUGCACAAAGUAUGUUUGAUCAUAUUCCAGUUGGUGUUGGAUCUAAAGGAAUUAUACCAAUGAAUGCACGGGAUUUGGAAGAAGCGUUAGAAAUGGGAAUGGAUUGGUCUUUGAGGGAAGGUUAUAUUUGGGCUGAGGAUAAAGAACAUUGUGAAGAAUAUGGAAGAAUGCUUAAUGCUGAUCCAUCAAAAGUAUCAAUGAGGGCUAAGAAACGUGGACUUCCGCAAUUAGGUACGUUAGGAGCUGGAAACCAUUAUGCAGAGAUUCAAGUCGUAGAUGAGAUAUAUGAUAAAUGGGCUGCAUAUAAAAUGGGUAUUGAAGAAAAAGGACAAAUUUGCGUUAUGAUUCAUUCGGGAAGUAGAGGAUUUGGUCAUCAAGUUGCUACAGAUGCACUUGUGCAAAUGGAAAAAGCUAUGAAACGUGAUAACAUUGAAACCAAUGAUAGGCAGCUUGCAUGUGCUCAUAUUCAAUCUCAAGAAGGCCAAGAUUAUUUAAAAGCGAUGGCAGCUGCUGCCAAUUUUGCAUGGGUUAAUAGGAGUUCUAUGACAUUCCUCAGCCGCCAGGCAUUUGCAAAACAAUUCAACUCGUCCCCCGAUGACUUAGAUAUGCAUGUUAUUUAUGAUGUCUCUCAUAAUAUUGCCAAAAUAGAAGAGCACAUAGUUGAGGGAAAACAGAAGACACUUUUAGUUCACAGAAAGGGAUCAACAAGAGCCUUUCCACCACAUCAUCCUUUGAUACCUGUAGAUUAUCAGUUGACAGGCCAACCAGUUUUAAUCGGUGGUACAAUGGGUACAUGCAGUUAUGUUCUAACUGGUACAGAACAGGGUAUGAAAGAAACAUUUGGAUCAACAUGUCAUGGUGCUGGUCGUGCUCUUUCAAGAGCAAAGUCACGUAGGAACUUGGAUUAUACGCAAGUUUUAGAAAAGUUAGAAGAGUUAGGCAUAUCUAUUCGGGUUGCUUCGCCAAAAUUAGUUAUGGAAGAAGCACCAGAAUCUUAUAAAAAUGUAACAGAUGUUGUUAAUACUUGUCACGCAGCUGGCAUUUCCAAAAAAUGCAUUAAACUGCGACCGAUUGCAGUUAUUAAAGGAUAACUUGGACAACAAUAUCUUGAUUUUUCUCUUUAUAAUGGUGUAUAUACGCAUUUACUUCGCAAAUAUAUUUGUGAAAUGAUAUUAAAAUUAAAAUAUCAGGCAAUAAAGCUCAAUUGUGUAUAAAGCUAUUUAUUAAAGGUGUGCGAAUCAAACAUUUGCGCAAAAAAUAAUAUGCUAAGUAUAAAAAUGCAUAAUAGAUACCAUAGAUAAUAAAUGUAUUGUGCCGUUAAAUGUUGAAUACAUAUUGUACAAAUUAUAAUGUUACUAUCAAAAUGAUAGUACUUUAGAGCAUUUUUUUGGAAAAUAUGAAACAGUUUCAAAUUUUGUUCUAAAUCCUAUGAAAUCAUAAUACAAACCCAUAAAAUGUUGAAACAAAUUUACAACGACGAUUAUAUACACGUAUUUUUAAAUAGUUAAUAAGAAACGUUUCAAAAGUUUUGGAAAUUGAUAAACAAUCAGGUAUAAGAAUUGGUAUGCACUAAUAUAAGAUUAAUCGUAAGAGAUAUAAAUGAAUCAAACAAAAUAGGCGAUUGAUUCGAAAUCGAUCAUUGACAACUCGAAAUUUUCUAACCAUUUGACUUUUAACUAUUCGCACACCUAUAUUAUUUAUAUAACAUUUUAUAAAUUGUAUAAAAUGUGUUUCACAUAUGAAUUUCAAUAUAAUGUAAAAUUAUAUAAAUAUUGAUAUUAAAUUAGCUUUCUACUUAAUAUAAUUUUUAUUAUGUGUAAGUUGUAAUUAUUCUUUGGUAAUAAAUAAGUCCGACUAA